UGCAGUGAAUGUAAUGUAAUGUAACAACAAGCUGGCUUUCAGUUCGCAAAAAGUAGUGUUUUGUUUCUUUUUCGAAUGAAAAGUUUUGCAUAAAUAAUUCACGCGUGAUGUGAUUUUUAUGAUUGUCUAAAGAACGAAAUACAUUCAAAUUCUAGAAGAUGGAUUAUGUAAAAAAUCAUAAUUCUGAUAGAAGUGCUGAGAAAUCCAGGACAGAGAAAAGAAGGAGAUCGAAGUCACGCAGCCCUCGUAGACAUAAACGCUCACACAGCAAAAGGGAGAGAAGGUCAAGAUCUAAGAGUAGAGAAAGGCUUCGCCAUGAUGAUAGAGAUCGUGGCAGAGAGAAAGAUAAAAACAGAUCCAAAGAUAAAACAAAAGACAAAGAUAGAUCAAAACACAAAUUAAAAGAAAAGGAUAGAAAUAGUCUCAAAGAUGAAGAAGAUGAAAAAAAAGAUAAAAUUAAAAAAGAACCCCUUUCUCUUGAGGAAUUGAUGGCUAAAAAGCAAGCAGAAGAAAUGGCUAGAAGCAAACCUGUUUUUCUAACCAAAGAACAAAGAGCUGCUGAAGCUGUGAAAAGGAGGCAUCAAGAAGUUGAAGAGCAACGUAAAAGAAUGGACGAGGAGCGGAAAAUAAGGAUGAAAUUUAUGGAUGAAGCUAAACGAUCAACUGAAAAUGAUAAAGAAAGAGAAAGAAGAGAGCGGAGAGAAAAACGAGAGGCUGAAGAGGCCGCAGCUGCUGCUACUGAAACAGAUCGUGACAAAGUCAGGGAAAUUAAAGACAAAGAAAAAGAGCUGGAAGCCAUUCGGGAAAGAUACUUAGGUCUUAUGAAAAAGAAAAGGCGUGUGCGACGAUUGAAUGAUCGAAAGUUUGUAUUUGAUUGGGAUGCUUCAGAAGAUACUGCUGUGGAUUAUAAUCCUAUAUACAAAGAAAGGCAUACAGUGCAGUUUUUUGGAAGGGGACAUGUUGCAGGGAUUGAUUUAAAGAGUCAAAAGAAAGAACAAUCUAAGUUUUAUGGUGAACUUCUAGAAAUGCGAAGGACUGUUGCAGAAAAGGAACAAGAAAUCAUUCGUCUGAAAAAGAUAAAGAGAAAAGAAGACAAACAAAAAUGGGACGAUCGACAUUGGUCGCAAAAGUCUCAGGAUGAAAUGACAGAAAGAGAUUGGCGUAUAUUCCGAGAAGACUUCAAUAUUGCUAUCAAAGGUGGGCGAAUUCCAAAUCCGAUUCGCCACUGGAAGGAGUCUGGGCUAACAAAAUCUAUAUUAGAUAUUAUAGAACAACUCGGUUAUAAGGAACCUACUCCAAUUCAGAGGCAAGCAAUUCCUAUUGGCUUACAAAAUCGGGAUAUCAUUGGUGUGGCUGAAACUGGUAGUGGUAAAACCCUUGCUUUCUUGAUUCCUCUCCUUGUUUGGAUUACAUCCUUGCCGAAAAUUGUAAGAAAUGAAGAUAUAGAUCAGGGACCUUAUGCUAUAAUCAUGGCUCCCACACGUGAGUUGGCUCAGCAGAUUGAAGAAGAGACCAUCAAGUUUGCAAAAACUUUAGAGAUUAGAACUGUUGCAGUUAUAGGCGGUUUGUCAAGAGAAGAACAAGGUUUUCGUUUGCGCUUGGGGUGUGAAAUUGUUAUUGCAACUCCUGGUCGAUUGAUUGAUGUUUUGGAAAAUAGAUAUUUAGUUCUAAACAGGUGUACUUAUAUUGUACUUGAUGAGGCUGACAGAAUGAUUGAUAUGGGUUUUGAACCUGAUGUUCAGAAAAUUUUAGAAUAUAUGCCUGUGACUAAUCAGAAACCUGAUACUGAUGAAGCUGAAGAUGAAAAAAUAUUAUUGGCCAAUUUUAAUUCUAAAAAUAAAUACCGGCAGACUGUGAUGUUUACUGCUACUAUGCCUCCAGCUGUUGAAAGGCUAGCCCGAUCUUACCUUCGAAGACCUUCAAUUGUAUACAUUGGUUCUGCUGGAAAGCCUGUUGAAAGGGUUGAACAAAUAGUCUACAUGGUUGCAGAAAGUGUUAAACGGAAGAAGCUUUUGGAAAUUCUUGAAGAAGGUGUUGAACCUCCUGUCAUAAUAUUUGUUAACCAGAAAAAAGGUGCAGAUGUGUUGGCUAAAGGUCUUGAAAAAAUGGGCUUCAAUUCUUGCACUCUUCAUGGUGGUAAAGGUCAAGAACAAAGAGAAUAUGCUUUAGCUAGCUUGAAAGGUGGCUCUAAGGAUAUCUUAGUAGCCACGGAUGUAGCUGGCAGAGGUAUUGAUAUCCAAAAUGUAUCUAUGGUCAUUAAUUAUGAUAUGGCCAAAACUAUUGAAGAUUACACCCAUAGGAUUGGUCGUACAGGUCGAGCUGGUAAACAUGGAAUUGCUGUCACUUUCAUAACUAAAGAAGAUUCCCAUCUCUUUUAUGACUUAAAACAACUCAUAAUGACUAGUCCCAUAUCCACUUGCCCACCAGAACUCGCUAAUCACCCUGAUUCUCAGCACAAGCCAGGAACAGUGAUAACAAAAAAGAGAAGGGAGGAAAAAAUCUUUGCAUAACUUCAACAAAUGGUGUUGUACUAAUAGGGAUAGUGAUGAUGUUACAUAAAGUUGGAACCUUUUUUGUAUGCAUUGAAAUUUGUACAAAGUAUACGCAUUUUAAAAUAAAAUUACUC